UGGGACUUUGUUUCUACUCAAACUACAAGCCAACGUUCGAUCGGACAUCGAACACUUAAAAAACAAUGUACCGAUCGGCAGGCACGCACGUUAUUCGACAGUCUUCAAGCAAAAGAAAUUGAUAAAAGCGUGGCGUGAGCUGCACAUGCUUGAAAUUACGGUAAAUGAAUUCAUCGAAAAGGCAGCGGCUUUAAAAGGCAAUAUCGAAAUAAUCAUGGCUAAUCACGAAGAUAUGCAAGAAAAUGACGAGGCUCAUGAACAUGAGCUGCAGGAAACUCCAUCGGUCAAUCCAUUAGAUCCAGAUUUCGAGCGAGAAAUAUUCUCUGAGGAACCACCACGAUGGCUCCUGGACAAUUCCAUAACUUUUCAAGAAAAUGAACAAGUUAUGCCGAUUGUGAUCGAUGACGACUCGGACGCUUCGUCACUUGUUUCUAAUGCCAACAAUGAAGAUGUGGGAAAUUUGCUUCUGGGUGAUGAAGAACGGAGGACAUUCCCACAACCCAACAUAAUUGAAAACCAGCCGAUUGUGAUCGACGACGACUCGAACGCUUCGUCACUUGUUUUUAAUGCCAACAAUGAAGAUGUGGGAAAUUUGCUUCUGGGUGAUGAAGAACGGAGGACAUUCCCACAACCCAACAUAAUUGAAAAUCAGCCGAUUUUAAUCGACGACGACUCGGACGCUUCGUCACUUGACAGGAAUGCAAAUCCGCUUCCAAGGCAAAGGAGAGAGGAAAUUACUCCAGACCCUCCAACCUCUUCGACAACACAGGCGUUGAAGAAGCAAAAACGUAACAAGCGUCGAAAAGAUAUGAGAAGAAGAGCGAUUAUACGAAGACAAGAUGGUUCAAAUUCGGGAAAUAUCGAACUUGGGCAGCAGUUAAGUACAGCAGGGAACCGGCUCCAAAAUAUGCAGAACAAUGUCUGCAAGGUGUGUCUAUUGACAUCGGCAACUCACAUUUACUGGCCGUGUGGGCAUUGCUGCUGCUGCUCUACGUGCGCAGACAUACUGUGGAACGAGUAUCGCGAACGGCGCUGCCCAAUAUGUCGGACAGUAGCGUCCGAAGCCCCUCGGAGGGUGUUUCAACCAGAGGAUUUUUAAAAAAUAUAAAAAAUAAAUGCCUUUCCCAAGUU